AUGAAGAGGACGCGGAAGCUAAUCAAAGUUUUAGCGAGUUUAUUGCUGCUGGUACAGUUUUGUCAUAGUUGGAGCCAUCCGAACUCCUGUGGGGACGAAUCAAGUGAAGUAUCACAUCCCAGUCCAACCCCUGCAGCCACUUCAGCCGCGUCCGAAAGUUAUUCAUCAGCAAGCUCAAGAUCAAGUGGAUCGGCACCGACUUCGUCAUCUCGUGGUAGCGACGGUAGCUCGAGCUCAUGCGGUUGUUCGUUAAGGCCGACGUUGGUAUCAGCUUCAUCAGCGAGGGGUUCCAGCUCAUUCCCGGACACUGUUACGUCGGAUAUUGCCCAGCAGCUUUACGAUCGGUUUCAGGCAGGCGAUGAAGUCGAGCAAAUGGUCCUAGAAGAUGUUCCUGCGGUUAUUCGAGCGAGGCUAGAGAGCCUGUCAUUAUCGUUUGAAGAUCUACCUGGACUCAUGCAGCGUGCUGUCUUAUGGGACACUGGGUUCGUCGUCACGUCCCACCAACGAGCUGUGCAGCUUUGGACCCUGGACAACAGAACUAUGGCAGACAUCGCGGUAUCUGCCGAAGCGUUCGAGGAGGCAGGCUGUGACGCUGUUACCUGCACAGCAUCAAACGGUGAUAACGUCGAAAUGUACUCAUCUUGCAGCCAAGGCCCGGCUCAGAUGUUAGCGGCUUCGAAGUGCGUUGUCGAAAUGUUUGAUAGUACUGAGAGCUCGAAUGCAACACUGUGGUCAACUAGUGGCAAUUCAAGUACAGUUCCUGAUAUUCGCGUCGCUAAGAGUACAGGAACAGCCGAGUGCGGUUGCGGAUACACAAUUUACUCGAUCCAAACAGCGACCUCUAACGAGCAAGCCACCGCGACGGGAGUCUGUCCCGCUGGUGAAUGGUCUGGAUCGCUAGUGAUUCCCUGUUACGGAAGCGACAGCAUCCCGGAGUCAAUCGCAGCCCGAGUUACUCCUCCAAAGGGAACUGACUGGGUCACACGCUGGAUCUUGGAGCAUGGGGGGCCUCGGAGGACAACAGAAUCGUUUGCGCCCUCUCAAGGUUCUGCAUCAGCGACAACAGAAUCCGGGAGGAAAAACGGCGGUGGCUUCAGCUUGUGGUGGCUGCUGCUCAUCCUGCUGAUCAUUGCCCUUCUAAUCGUCGCAACAAUUGUUGCAUGCCGCCACUGCCAUCGCUUGAGUCGCUUCCACACACCACUCGACAACACAACCUACAUCUUUGUCGGUGGUCGCAUGUGGGCGGUGGAAGAUGAGAGUCGCAGCCGGCGUGCAGGUUACUGGCUCCGAUUUGCCAAUUGGUGCAGGAAAACCUUCAAUUUCUUUGAAUAA